AUUGGAGAAGGAAGUGAUGGGGUUUUGGGGGACGCUAUAAGAAUCCAUGAAAGUCGAAGAAGGAGCGAGGUAAACGAGUCAUCGAAUUCCGAAGGAUGAGAGGUGGUGUUUGGCGAUUGGCAAGACGUGCGCGUCUUUCAUCUCACCCACCGACGCAGAGUAACACUUUCAUCACUCGCCGCCUCGCCGCAACGCCGUCGUUUUACCCUCACAAUCACCAUGCUUUCUCUUCCUCCGCUCUCCCAUUUCCAUUUCGAUUCUCCACCGGACAACGUAGGAGCAUGUUCAUCCAAACGCAGGCAACUCCCAAUCCCUCGUCUCUCAUGUUUUAUGCUGGCAAGCCUGUCAUGGAAGUUGGAAGCGCCGACUUCCCCAAUCCUCGUUCCGCCAUGAAUUCUCCCCUCGCCAAAGCCCUCUUCGCCAUCGACGGCGUUACUCGUGUUUUCUUUGGAUCCGAUUUCGUCACCGUUACGAAAUCCGAAGACGCCGCGUGGGAGUUUCUGAAGCCUGAAAUAUUUGCCGCUAUUAUGGACUUCUACUCUUCUGGUCAGCCACUCUUUCUAGACUCUCAAGCCGCCGCCGCCAUGGAUACCGCUAUUCACCAAGAUGAUUCUGAGACAGUUGCGAUGAUCAAGGAGUUGUUAGAGACUCGCAUUCGACCAGCCGUGCAAGAUGAUGGUGGAGACAUUGAGUAUCGAGGUUUUGACCCAGAUACUGGAAUCGUGAAACUAAAAAUGCAAGGGGCAUGUAGUGGCUGCCCAAGUUCAUCAGUGACUCUGAAAUCAGGCAUUGAAAAUAUGCUGAUGCAUUAUGUUCCUGAGGUCAAAGGUGUGGAACAAGAAUUGGAUGCUGAGGAUGCGGAAGCAGCAUUAAGUGGACAAAUGGAGUAGUUGAACUAUUUUUGUUUUUCCUUUAAAUUGCAGGUGCAUUUAAUUCUGUCAUACAUUUCACUCUCAGCAGAGACUUUGGAUGGAAACAAAAAGCUGUGAAUGUAUACGGAAAAUAUAUUAAAUAAGUCGUGAGUUGGAUACACUGUUGUAUUUGUGAAAUCAUCGUCCAGGCUAAUUGGAUCUCUUUGACGUAGGAUGAAGGUAGUUUGAAGCAACAGUGAGUCAUUACAGAAAGACGGCACACUGUACCCUUUAUUAGGCCUGCUUAUCUAUGAUUCUUGGUAUUUCCUUUAAGUUUAGGUUGUUGCAAGAAUACAAGGCACUGAUUGCUAUGUACUCUGACACUCUUGUAUUGAUAUCAUCAUUGGGUUUUAGUGUUCAAGCAGAUAUCCAUGUGCAUGCCACGUAGUACAGGUAAAAGUCAUGGCUCGUUGUUAGUCUCAUUGACAACAGGCUCUUCAUUCCCGCUAACAUAUUCCAUUUCUGCCUAACAUUACUACACACAGGCACUUACACAAGCAAGACAAAAGUAACUACAACUCGCAAUAAACUUUAUGUCAGUCAAUUAAUACUAAUAUUAACUUAAAUGUUUGGGAUAAAACAUAAUCAAUUGGAAUUUACGACUUCAAUCUUUAUUUCAAAGACCUGCCUGCUAUCUAAAUUGUAGUAGCUCAUUACAAAUGAGCUCACUAACUAUAUGAUCAAUAAAAUUUUGUUUCUUGUCUCUAUAUUCCAUCUACUCGUCAUCAACUACUUUUUGUGUCAUAUAGGUAUUUUGUAUAGUAUUUUUAGUUAAUGAAACCGAAACAACAAGUAGUUAAGGUAAAUUCUUAUAUUGUAAUCAUGCUCAAAUUCACGUAAUUGUCUUCAUAUUGCCCCUCAAUAUGUUUUUUUACUUAUUUAUUUACUGAGCAAUUAUGGUAGAUCGAUUAGAUCCACUGAUAUACAAAUUGGAGAACUAACUAGCAAGUGUAUUAUUAAGUAGUUGUAGCAAGUAAUAAAAUUUGGAAUUCAAUAUGAGCUUUAAGUAUCGUCUUUAAAAAUUAUGUCUAUCAAUUACUACUUCACAAAUCAAUAACUAGUUGAGUCAAACGAAUUUAGAGUGUUUUGAAUCAUUUAAUAAACAAAAACAAUAAAGGGCAAAAAUCUGAAAAAUACAGCAAAACAGAAAUAUAAAUUUUGUAUUAAAAUGCUAUAUAAAAAAUUGUUAGGAAUCAUUUCAUCAGAUUUUCUAUUGUAAUGUAAUAAUAUUUUGGACUCUUAAGAAUUCUAAUUGAUUGAUAAUCAAUUUCACUUCUUUAACCAAAAGACAAUUUCUUGUCUUAUUGAUCCUAAUACCUAAUUAAAUCUCUCUAAUUCUUUAGGUAAAAUUUAAUCAAAUAUUGUAUUAAGUUCUAAAAAUUAUAGGAUUAAUAGAUUAUGAUACUUAUUCCUAAGAUCUCAAUAACAUAUGAUUCAGAUCUAAAAAAUAAACUCAAUUUUCAUUGAUGAAGAUUUCUCUAAGUUCAAUUGAAUGAAGGAUUAGUUCAUAACUGCAUUAAGAACAGAAUCACAUACUCAAUUCAAUCAAAACCUCAAGGUCUAUAUCUAAAAUUACAUCACAAUAUUAAAUCUGGAUCUAUAGAUCCCUAACAAAAAGAAAUCAGAACAUAUUCCUAAAAGAAAAAGAGAGAGAAAGAGCAGAAGAAGAGGAGCUACAUAAUUUUUUCAUAAAUUCAAUCAUCAGUCUGAUUCCUCAAGGUCCAGAGCUUGGAUGUCGCCCCCAAUCUCUCUCUCUAACUCUUCUAAGGUG